GUAGGUUGCCUAGUGAUCCUGAGGAAGCUGAUGUGUUAUUCCCUCUCUGCAUCGAAGGAUCAGGAAGUUUGUGCUCUCUGCGUGGCUGAGAAGUUUUUCACCUACUAGUACCGGGCUGGGGUGAGGGAAACAGGUGCCCUCCAAAAAGAGAGUGCGAACUGCAGCCUACGUCCCACUGCAGCUCCAGAGCAACGUCAGGUGAGAAUGACCACAUUAACUCACCGUACCCGUCGAACUGAAGUCAGUAAGAGCGCUGAAAAAAAAGUAGAAAGUGAAGAAGACACUAAUCAAGAAAGGAGUCCAGAUAGUGAAGACCCUGGAGACUCUAAGGAUAUCCGCCUAACUCUUAUGGAAGAAGUAUUGCUCCUGGGACUAAAAGAUAAAGAGGGCUACACAUCUUUCUGGAACGACUGUAUAUCCUCUGGGCUUCGAGGAGGCAUCCUGAUAGAGCUCGCCAUGCGGGGUCGAAUCUAUCUGGAACCUCCCACCAUGCGUAAGAAGCGACUCCUAGACAGAAAGGUCCUGCUAAAGUCAGACAGCCCAACGGGUGAUGUUUUGCUGGAUGAAACUCUCAAGCAUAUCAAAGCGACUGAGCCAACAGAAACUGUCCAGACGUGGAUAGAGCUACUCACUGGUGAGACAUGGAACCCCUUCAAAUUACAGUACCAGCUGAGAAACGUACGAGAGCGAAUUGCCAAGAAUCUAGUAGAGAAGGGUAUUCUAACCACAGAGAAGCAGAACUUCCUGCUCUUUGACAUGACCACUCAUCCAGUGACCAAUACAACAGAGAAACAGCGACUCGUGAAAAAGCUUCAAGACAGUGUGCUAGAGCGGUGGGUGAAGGACCCUCAGCGCAUGGACAGGCGGACGCUGGCCCUGCUCGUGCUGGCCCACUCCUCCGACGUGCUGGAGAACGUCUUCUCCUGUCUGACAGAUGACAAGUAUGAUGUGGCAAUGAAUCGAACCAAGGACCUAGUAGAACUGGACCCCGAAGUAGAAGGGACAAAGCACAGUGCCACAGAGAUGAUCUGGGCUGUGCUGGCAGCCUUCAACAAAUCCUAAAGCCAGCAGGCGGGUUUCUCCUUUCCUCUGGUGGCUGGUGACUGUCGGAGACCCCAUCACUGAGUGUUGUGUAAUGAGAUAUUGUCAUCCUUUUUUCCUCUUUUUUGAAUCAGACUCGUGACUUGGGGAGGACAACCUCAGGGCCUCGUCAUGGGCCAUGACCAUUCUAAGCAGACUAUUUCUCCUCGUACUUCCAUUCCAUGUCCAAAUGAAAGCGGUGAGGCCACGCACAUCCAAUAAAUAUCUCCCAUUUCUGGGUUUAGUUUUAACCAAUGUGCUUUUGGAUCAACAGGAGUAUCUAUGUGGGGUUUAGAGUUUUCCAGCAACAAAAUGUGAAGAUGAAGAGCAAACUGUAUAUCCAUUUUUUUUCUCCCUUAUUCAGGUUUUCUCAGCCUUUGUCUCUUUGACUCUGCUAAACAAUGAUGCUUACUGACAUCGCUGUCUCUUUGAAUGAGGAGCAAUAGAAAUCAGACUAAUUUUUGGCCCCUGAGAUUGUGCCUCCUGCCUGUGAUUUUCUCAUCUUUAUCUAAUGAAAACACUCCAAGUCUGAUGACCUGACACCCAUAGUUCUAGAAGCAGAAAUGUAUCCCAUGCUCCUUUUUAGCACUAUCCUGCUUCCACAAUCAUUAAGACAAAGUCUGAAUUUAAAAAGCAAUGUGCCUCAGUCACCUCCUUCAUGCAGCCAGCAUUAGAACUUGUAGGGAAGGGAGGCAGCAGGAGAAUUCACAUCUUUGAAGCCAGGUGUAGAGGGACACACCUGUCAUCCCAGCAGUUGGGAGAUAGUGGCAGAAGGAUCUGGAGCUGAAAGUCAACCUCAGCUAGAUUAGUAAGUUCAGGGCUAGCCAGGGCUAUAUGAUACCAUCUCUCACUCAACAAUUAAAGACUUUUCUUUCAUCCUUUAGCAUGUGACUGUCUUGUUUGCUCCAGACUACUUUAAGUAUCUCUACUCUGAUUAAGGGAAUUUUAAGUUUCAAUUCCUAAAUAACAGCACUGAGUCCAGACAAUGUAACCAAACUCCAUGUCUUCAUAAUCCCUGUUUUUAUUUCCUAUAUAAGUUAAAAAAUUCUCCCUGUAUUUAAGGGCUUUGACAGUAAUUCUGUCUAUAUUUAAUCUACAGGUACCCUCCAAAUUGUGUCUUCUUUCAACACGGUCUUCAUUCUGUCAGACUUUAAAUGUUUCUGCUUCAGUAGUGAGAGUGAAAAGAGACUUUGUUAGAGGAGAUGCUAUUUAGAUGGGUAGUUGAGUGUCAAUGGCAGCUGACACAAAGCCUAGGUUUGGGAGCUCUGAAGAGGCCAGCACUUGGUUGUGCUGAUUUCAAGCACCCUGUUGACUGCCGGGGAGAAACAGACUGCCACACAGCCAAAACAGAUGACUUGAACUCAUUCCAAAUCCCCCUAAUCAGAAGUAAAUUGCUCUAACUUCAUCUGCUCCCCUGAACCUACCUAGAUCCAUGAAACUCGUCUAAUUCAUUGUUACUGUUUUCAUUUCAUAUGUCUCUUAGAUUAGUCGAGAUAUAAGUUGUAAUUUGAGAAGCAAGUAGAGCCUUAGUCUGGCUCUCUAGAAGUACAAAAGUCAGCCCAUGUGAUAUCUAGCGGCUUAGCUUGUCUUCCCAUUAGAACAAUUCGGCAUGAAUUGAAACCAGGUUUUCCUGUGGAAAGCUUCAGCUUGGUUGGGGGGAUAGAAGUUGAGUUCUUUCUUGCAACUCUCAAUGUUUAUUUUUAUAUGUCCAUAAGAUAAGGAUGUCAUCACUUCAAAUCUGUGUAAUGUUCACUGCCAAACACUCAUUUAGUGUAUAAUUGCCAUCACAUUUCUGUAUAAUAAAGAUCAAUAGUUAUA